AUGAUUUCCAAAGAAGAAGCAAGCUGUUUAUUUUACUGCAAAUCUUACGAAGAAUCCAACGUCAAGACAUGUCUAGAAUAUAUUGAGGAAUCGCCAGACGUUGAACUGUGUUAUACGAGCAACCCAGAAGAUCCUUUGCUUAUUUGUAGGUCUCGGAUUUAUGGCUCAAGAGUCUACAAACUUUACAAACUCAAACGAGAACUAGAAGACGAAGCAGCUAAGACCAAUGAAGCAGCUACGAGGGAAGAUAAAGAAGACUUGAUGUUUGAAAAUGAUAGUCAGAUUGUAGAGUUCUUAAAUCACAUUUAUCGAAAAGAGGAAUAUCUUUUCGAUCCACGUUAUAAAUUAAUUUCUGUGCAUGAUAAGGACAUCUUAUCAGUAAUCUGGAAAUUCACAUCUAAGUUUGACAAGAAAGCUCUUCUAGGAUUCAGUCAAUAG